AUGCUCAUUCUGGAUCAGUUGGGAAUAAAAAUAUCUGACUGUCGCGGACAAGGAUAUGAUAACGGUGCCAAUAUGAGGGGAAUAUAUCAAGGAGUACAAGCAAAUAUAUUACGUGUAAAUCCUAAAGCGCUUUACGUACCAUGCGGUAGUCACAACUUGAAUUUGUUAUUGGGAGAUAUAGCAAAAUCAUCAACCCAAGCACUACAUUUUUUUGGUGUUUUACAAAAGAUUUACACGAUAUUUGCAGCAUCGACAUCGCGUUGGGAUGUUCUAAAAAAGCACGUUGAAAAAAUUACACCUAAACCAUUAUCAGAAACUAGGUGGGAAUGCCGUUUUGAUAGUGUAAAGGCUAUUCGAUUUCAAGUUCGCCAAUUUCGAAACGCCUUGAUCGAAAUUGGCAACAACGCAUCUGACAAUAAAUUGAAAAUUGAGAUUUUGUCUAUAGUGCGAUUUUGUCUAUAG